GAAAGGAGAGAAAGGAAAGCGCGAGGUCUUUGCCGCCGUCACCAACGCCGCCGUGCCGGAGCCGAGAGAGGAGCCCGGGCCGCUGCCUCCCACCCUCGCCUCCGCCCACUUCCCGCCGCCGGCCGGCCACCCGCCCGGCCGCCAGCCCGCCCGCGUCCUCGGAUUAGUUGCAGCAACGUGUUAAAACAUGGUGGAUUAUUAUGAAGUUCUAGGCGUGCAAAAACAUGCCUCACCCGAGGAUAUUAAAAAAGCAUACCGGAAACUGGCACUGAGGUGGCACCCAGAUAAAAAUCCUGAGAAUAAAGAAGAAGCAGAGAGGAAAUUCAAACAAGUAGCUGAAGCCUAUGAGGUGUUAUCUGAUGCUAAAAAACGGGACAUCUAUGACAGAUACGGCAAAGAAGGAUUAAACGGUGGCGGAGGAGGUGGAAGUCAUUUUGACAGUCCCUUUGAAUUUGGCUUUACAUUCCGUAAUCCAGAGGAUGUCUUCAGGGACUUUUUUGGUGGAAGAGACCCAUUUUCAUUCGACUUUUUUGAAGACCCAUUUGAUGACUUUUUUGGGAGCCGAAGGGGUCCCCGGGGAAACAGAAGCCGAGGCCCGGGUUCGUUUUUCUCUGCCUUCAGUGGGUUUCCAGGCUUUGGAGGUGGAUUUCCUGCUUUUGACACAGGAUUUACUUCAUUUGGUUCACUGGGUCACGGAGGCAUUACUUCCUUCUCUUCUUCAUCAUUUGGUGGUAGUGGAAUGGGCAACUUUAAAUCUAUAUCAACUUCUACUAAAAUAGUUAAUGGCAGAAAAAUCACUACAAAGAGAAUUGUCGAGAAUGGUCAAGAAAGAGUAGAAAUCGAGGAAGAUGGCCAGUUAAAGUCCUUGACGAUAAAUGGUGUGGCUGAUGAGCAUGCCCUGGCGGAGGAGUGCCUGCGGAGAGGCCAGCACGCCCUGCCCGCCAGCACCCGCCCACACAAGCCAGCACUCCCCCGGCACACCCCUGCGGCCAGGCAAGCGCCGCACUCCAUCUGGGAAGAGGACGAGGAGCGGGUCCCUGGCGGCGGCUGGGAGCCCCCCACAAGCUCAGCAGGAAUCAAAGAAGGUGGCAAGAGGAAGAAGCAGAAGCAGAAAGAGGAGUCGAAGAAGAAGAAGUCGACCAAAGGGAAUCACUAGGCUGGACUUGCCAGGCGCGCGCUCACCCCCGCGGACGCGCAGCCUCGCCUGGUGGGUGGCUGUGCACACACUCUAGGUAGUGGCAUUUUGCUCAACACAGUCCCAAGGCCACACACUCAGCAGGAUUACGGACACACGGGCACGGAUCCCCAGGGUCAGGCAUGGUAGAAGAGAUGCAAACGGACAAUCGUGGGUGGCCUUGGUAGAGACUUGGGACGCGGCCUUGACUUUCUUACUCUGCUUUCCCCCAGCACUAAAUCCAUUAGUGUUUUCCUCUAGAGCCGGCAAGGCAUGGCCUCGCUCCUUUCCGCCAUGUGACCCCUCCACAAGCUGCAGACAUGCCUCCUGUGUUGGAAACAGGAUGAUUCUUUCCCAGUGGCGGUACAGUGUUUGAAACGAGUGUGUAGUUACAGACCUCAACUUCAAGAUCACCUACGUGGCGCACUAUGUCGGGGUUGUCACACACCUGGGAGGCCAGCAGGAGUCCAUUCAGAUGUCAAAUCAUUCCUUCUGCGUGUUGUUUGAACUGUCCUCCACUCCAGGUAGUCCCAAAUUCAACUUGAGAUAUUAGUUAGCAUUUGCUAAAUUUCACCUUUGUCCUCCCUCCUUGGAUUCAUAAUUACUCCUUUCAGCGAAGACAUUUGUGCUCAGCAAGCCCACCAUUAGUCAUGGUUUGGGGUCCCAGCAGGGAGAAUCUGCUGGCCAUUUGUCACCCAGGCAGAGUGAUCAGACCCCAAGCAGGCAGGGAGAACUAAAUACUUGAGUUGACACAUGUCGGCCCUUGAAAGACAUGGUUUUGCUCUAGCUAGUUCCUGCCCCGCUUCUUCUAGUGCUUUCCUUGCAUGCCCCACUGCUUCUUAACCUGUUCUUACUGAGCACUGAGUACACUCUGGUGUGGCCUUAACUUCGUCCCUGCAUGACCCCCUCAGGGAUCUUGUCCCUUCCUCUUUAACAUGGUCUGCGGCUCCCAGUGCUUUUUCCUUUGUCCUGUUGGAGCCAAGGACAUUGUAAAAAGCUUUGAGAUUCAAACAUGUCAGCAGUCUUAACCUAGCAGUGUUGAAACGGGGAUUUUUUUUUUUUUUUUCUCUUUGUGGUGCAAUCCAUGUAGCGAUGCCACUGGCUUAGAGGUCAGGCACAGAUGUAACCUGCAGUUUCUCCAUGACAGCUACAGGAGAGUUAGCUGUUUGGUUGGGUCGAGGAGGUGAUGUGGGGCAGAGAGUGGAGUGCUUCUAAUGGAAACUGUUACUCUGAAUGUGUAAUGAACUUGAAUGCUACCUACGGCAAAUAAAAUGGAAGCCUUAUCGAGGAUAGCUCACCUGCCGUCACGUGUCUCAGUAGGUUGCACUGUUACUAAUGAAAAAUAAAAGCGUUUGUUUGACACUUUGAA